UUAAUAAUGUCAAGAACAAGUGAGUGAUUAACAGUGAAUAAUACCUUGUGUUAUGUGAUUUCAAAAAUACUCAUAAUCCAAAUGAACCAUUAAUGUCAUCAUGAAUCUUGUGCAGGAGGACCAAGUGAAAGUAAUCACAGGAAUAUGAGGAAAUCACAUGGUCCUACAGUAAUCUAGCCAUAAGGCUUGCCAUGGCAUGUUUUCAGACCUUCUGAGAGGUCACAGAAUAGUAAUACAUUCUUCAGUGGAAACGGUUUGAAAAUUCUUCACACAGCUGUUUUCCAGAUUAAUACAAAUCAUAGUAAAUGCAUCUGACAAGCUCCAAAAGAGAAAAAAAGCACCAUAAAACUAGCCCGUAUGACUUUAAUUAAUUAAUUAAUUAUUAAUUAAUCAUUUAAUUAUUAUAGAUAUAAUCAUUAUUUAUUUUUUCACACCAUAUAUAAUUAGAAUUAGAAUUAGUGGCUGGUUUGAGACGUUGACUUUGCACUUUUUAAUCUGGCACAGAUGCAAAUGAGAUUCCAUUUUAGGAUAGGAAUAUUUUCUGUCUUCUGUGAAAAUGAAUUUCAGUCUGUUCCAUAUAUUAAACUAUAUAUAUAGUCUUUUAACAAUGAAAAAUAACAGCAUACAGGUUUGAGAUGACAUGAGGGUGAGGAAAUCAUGACAGGAUUUACAUUUUUGUGUCAGAUGUGAAUAAGGAAUUGCUCAUAGCCUGCAUAAUAUACAUGUGACCAAGUUUUUUAAAGAUUCCUGCAGUAGUGGGCUUUUGGAAAUGCCUCUCUUAUUAUCUGUGCUCAAAUGGCUUGAUGGCCGUGGGAGUAGUGACAAAGCACUGGAAUUUCCAGGAGUGGCACAAGAGCUGGGAAGUCCCUCAUAGGACUAUAAAACGAUAGCAGGCCACAGAGCACUUACACUCAGAAACAUUUUCAUCAUGACGCUGACAGUGUAUGUUUUGCUGGCUUUCACCCUCAGCAUCCUUCUAACAGUCCAAGUGGUGGAGAGUCAAUAUAUUCCAAAGACCUGUCAGUGUCCACAGGUCAAACAAAGAGUUAAGGGACCAUUUUCAGAUUUCAAAGUCACUCUAAAAGGACCUAACUGUUUACAGGAUGAGAUCAUAGUCACACAGCAGCAGAAGAAUAAUAGUCUCGUGUGUCUCAGUCCAAAUGGUCCCCAAGGCAAAAGACUGCUGAAAUGUUGGCGAAGCAUGCAAAAGGAUAGCAAAAAAUGCAUACGCCGACAAAAUCAAAAGCCAAGGCGAAGAAACAGGAAGCAGGUUAAAUCCGGGAAGGUCACGUCUUGACCUCAAAUACUAAAGACACUGAGGCAAAGAACAUAAGAGAUCCACAGGAGAGAAUACUCUUCAAAGCUUGUGCAAAGUGCUUUAGCGCUGCAUGCAGUACAUUCAUAUGCAAUAAACAAGCCAAGGACAUAAGAAAAGGCUGAAUUCAGAGGAGUGCACAUGUGUAUGGAGGCCAAGGGACGGCAUACAAUGAAGACAUGUUACAACAGUGACAGCAUUUAACCUUGACAUGUUAUACAGGGAUGAGCAGAGCCCUGCUAUGCAGGUCUAACGUACAGGCCAGUCAGAAGACACAGCUUUAUGUUCUUAUAAAUUCUUAUACAUUUAUAUAUUCUUAUUGUUCUCAUAAAUGUAUAUAUUCUUAUACAUGUGUGUUUAGUGAUCACUUAAAGAAAAUGCUUUUUUUUUUUUAUAUAAACUAAUAUAAUAAACAUGAACUAGCUCAAAAAAAGAGAACUUCAGUGUUUUUCUCUACUUUCUUGUGUUCUCAUGUCCGUUUACAAAGGACUAAAUUCUGCUAUACAAUUCUUAAAUUCUUGUCUUAAAUUUAACAGUUGGAUGUCAAAUCAUGUUACAGAGGUUCUAUACAUAGAAAUCUAUGAAAUGUAAUAUAUAUAUAUAUAUAUAUAUAUAUAUAUAUAUAUAUAUAUAUAUAUAUCCCUCAUCUUCAUCCUGUUUUGUGUGUGUCAUCAUCGAAUGCAAGAUUCAGAAUGCAGAAGUAAUGGAAAUAACUGAUACGACACAUUCCCUGCUUUUAAUAUCUGAAGAAUUAAUGCAACAGGACACAGCUGAUCACUUAGAAAGACCUGUGAGGCAACUGUUCACAUCAGAUAGGAUGAAACUCUAAAAGUGCUGAACUUCUUAGCUGGUAAAACAUCUAUGUGUUGAAUCACCCAAUAAUAAAAUGUGACAUUCUGUAGUUUUGUCUC